CAUUGACCAUUGUCCGGAAUAGGACAAAGGACAUCUAACGGUCAGACACUCUCUCCCCCAUUUUUUUGGUUUCGCUGUUUAUUUGUAAGAAUUGGCUCUUCCUCUGGACAAAAAAGAGAGAGAAUCGUUGUUUGAGAAGGAAAAUGGUGGUCGAAACGAAGCGAAGCUAUGAGGAGUGCCGGCGACAGAGGCUGCAAGAGAACAAGAAGAGACUGGAGGAGCUGAAUCUGGGGAAGCUCGCUCAAGCUCUCAAGGCCUCGAGCCCUAAGCCCUCUCCGGUGAAGCAGGUGAGGCGAUUUAGGCAGCCGGUAGACCUCUCUUCUGUGAGCGUGAGAAGGUCCAGCCGCGUCGCCGCCAAGCCCCCUCCAAUUUACAAGGAAGUACCAUUUGAACCUUUGGGGAGGAGGCCCAUAAGGAGCUAUCAACCAAGAGACCUGUUGAACCGAUUUUAUGCUUCGGAUGAAGCAAGGCAAGAUGCAAUUGAGAGAGCAGAACAAGUUGAAUCAGGCUUGGGAUCUGACUUCCCCACUUUCCUGAAGCCCAUGCUCCAUUCACAUGUCACCAGAGGAUUUUGGCUGGGUCUGCCGGUCCAGUUUUGCAAGGCGCACCUUCCCUCCAAGGACGAAAUGAUUACUUUAGUAGAUGAGGAUGGAAAUGAGUCCCCAACAAAAUACCUCUUUCACAAAACUGGUCUUAGUGGCGGUUGGAAAGGUUUUGCUACUUGUCAUGACCUAGUUGAUGGUGAUGCAUUAGUGUUCCAAUUAAUUAAGCCUACUAAAUUUAAGGUGUACAUCAUUAGGGCAUCUAAGCUAACAGACAGUGAAGAUGAUGACAACGAUUCAGAUGUCUCACACUUGGACAGGAGUGCCAAAAGAAUCAAAGCAAGCAGAAAGUAGUCUUUAUACUUGAUGUCUUACUGGAAUUUCCUCAUUUUGCUCCGAGAAAGCUAUGGUACAGAAUUAGAAUUUUGUAGCUUCCUCUGCAAUGUACUAAUGUUAAUUUGGUUCUCCAUUACUGGGGCUGUGCUCUAGGCUAACUGAGAAUAUUGCUGUAUACUUUGGGAGUUAGGAAUAUUUUUUGUUUCAUUCCUUUGAAAUACACAUGUUCCUUUAGUUAGCCAGCUUUAUCAGUGGAUUGUAUUGUAACACAAAGAGAAACGACAUUGAUGAUGAUUGAAGCUUACAACGUUAUUUCUUAAAAUCUUGUUGGAGUUUUUGAAAAUUUGUCUGACACUUGUAUCUGAUUUUGCAAUGAAGUAAUCCCACCCUUUCUCUCCGGCAGCCCCUUGGGAGGAGGGGGUUUGUUUCCACUUCCUCCUCCCUCCCCUACCCCUAUGAUCCCUAC